CCUCCGCAUCCUGACAGUGAAAGGCCAGACCUGACAUGGGUGAUGGUGGGGGACUCUCGAGUGAGGCAAGUCUUCAGUGCUUUGGUGACUAGACUCAGCUCACCUAGACUCCACUACAGGAAGCCAUCCACAAUGGGAAAGUGGCGAAGCAUUCAUGAGCUGACUGAAAAUCUACGUAUUGGGAAGCUCCAUGAGAAUAUUGAAGUGCAUCAUUUGGACUUCCCACUGAGGCUCCUGUUCUACUGGGAUCCACUGCUGACACUCCUGCCAAAGCUCCUCAGUCAAUGGGUGGAUAACAUACAGCCCCAUCCAGCUUUGUUAGUCAUUGGGUCUGGUCUCCACUGGAUGAAGAAUGCUGCCUCCCCAAAGAGCUUUGAGUCACCUGCCAGUGCGUUUGACAGGUUCAGGCAGCACAUGACCUCCCUCCUACCCCUUUUGGCACAGCAGGCAAAGUCAACACAUAUUAUUUUGCUUUUACAGGAUCAUGUGCAGGAAUCUCAGAUCUUCAAGAAAUACCUCAACAUUUACUCAAACAACAUCAUUGAUCAGUACAACACUUUCUUCUCAAGUUAUGUCUCAGGCACUGACAUAACUCUCUGGGACAGCAACAUUCCCUUCUCUGAUGCCUACUAUGUUCAAUGCAGACAAGAUUACAAGAAUUCAUAUGAUAUGUCCUGGAACUGUGCUAAUCCUUUGCAUAGUGGCUAUGUUGCUGUGGAAAUGUAUAUUAACAUGUUGCUGAAUGACAUCUGCAAUCCCUUUUUACAUCUAGAUUCUGGGUACUGCUAACAUGAUUCAAGUUGAGUUAUGGAAAUUUAAAUUACAUACAUAAAAUAAU